AGCAGAAAUAAAACAGAGCCAUAAUAUUCGAAGAAGAAGAAAAUUUAACGAGGGGAAGUCGCGUUAUUCGGCGAAAGAUAGGAAAAAUAUUCAAUCAUAAUGCUUCCCCUGUCACUGUUGAAGACUGCCCAGAAUCAUCCUAUGCUGGUGGAGCUGAAGAAUGGAGAGACCUACAACGGCCACCUGGUCAGCUGUGARAACUGGAUGAACAUCAACCUAAGAGAGGUCAUCUGCACAUCCAGGGACGGAGAUAAAUUCUGGAGGAUGCCUGAGUGCUACAUCCGAGGGAGCACCAUCAAGUAUUUGCGGAUCCCCGAUGAGAUCAUCGACAUGGUGAAGGAGGAGGUGGCGUCAAAGGGCCGCGGCCGCGGUGGUUCCCAGCAGAACAAACAGCAGGGCAAAGGAAGAGGAGGACCUGGAAGAGGUCUGUUUGGCGGCCGUGGCAGAGGGAUGUCUGGUCCUGGUCGGGGACAGCAGCAGCAGCAGCAGCAGCAGUCGGAUAAGAAAGCAGGCAAACCACAGGGAAUGAAGAACCAGCACUGACAAACAGCGCUGCACUUUUGAAAACAUCCAGUUAAGUGAUUCAUGCUUGAGUACGUACAGAUAUAAGUUACUCUGGUGUUUCUUUUUGAUUAUAAUGGAUAAUGUAUGAGAGUUUUUUUUAGUGUCUGAGAGUUCAGGUUUCUUUUUACUGUUAUAAACCAGUCAAAACGCUACAAGUGUAGGUUUUCAUGGUGUAGAAAGGGUUAAGUCCAAACUUUGUGGAAUGGAUAGAUUUUUUUAGCUUUUUAAUUCGUGUUUUUGUUUUUUCAUUUGUUGGCAACUCUCAUUGUCUGAUUGUUACUCUUUAUAACCAUGGGAGGUAAAACGUUCACUUCUUGAAACAUUUUAGUUGAAACAUUUGUAAAAUGACAAACGACGAUAAUUUAGUUUUUCCAGAAAAGAUUCUCAUAUUCAAAAUUCAGAAACGGAUGAGUCCACGUCUCUUUGGGUUGAUUAUGUUUCAUGUUAUUUUUGUAACAAAUGACAAUAUUGUAAUUUAUUUACAUGACAACAUGAGAAUA